AUGGCUUUUAGAUCAUUCUUACAUUUAGGUGACAAUGUCUGUAAAUGUGUUUUCACCACAAUACAGCUAAAACCUAAAUUACAUAUAGUUAAAGGAUAUAAACAAAUUAGGAACUUUCACAAAUUUAUAAGCAAAACAAAGGUAUCACAAAAAUCUCCAUCAAGUACCAUUUUUAGAAAGCAAUCGCAAAAUGUUCCCAAUUUAUGGAAACCAUUUAUAUUUACUAUUGCGUUUAGUUCAACAACAUUUAUUGCUGCUAUUAUUUGGGAAUAUGAGCAUGUGAGGGAAAAUACUUAUAAUAUAAUCAGAAGUUACACGCAAUGGAGAAUACAUAAAACAGGAUGGAGAUAUCAAAUGGAAAAUUGGUGGAAAAGUUUAUCAGAAGGAGAAAAAAUAUUUAUUCCUAUAUGCUUCUUAAAUGUACUAGUAUUUUCAGCAUGGCAUAUAGCUGUAUUUCGACCAAUAAUGUAUAAAUAUUUUUCCAGUAAUCCUACAUCUAGUCGAUGUUGGUCAAUGCUAUUCUCAACAUUUUCUCAUUAUUCUUUUUUUCACUUAAUCAUCAACAUGUAUGUAUUAUAUGAUUUUUGUAAACUAGCUGUGAGAGAACUGGGCAGAGAACAAUUUGUGGCACUUUAUUUAGUUAGUGGAGUAGUGGCUAGUUUUACAAGUUAUUUCUAUAAAGCAAUAGUUGGUGUAAAACAUCCUUCUUUAGGAGCUUCUGGAGCAAUAAUGGGAGUCCUUGGAUAUGUGUGUAGUCAGUUUCCAAAUCUGUAUCUCUCUAUUGUUUUUCUUCCUCUUUUGAAAUUUACAUCAGGCACGGCAAUUAAGGUUGUAAUGGGACUGGAUACCUUAGGAUGUUUAAUGCGUUGGCAACGUCUUGACCAUGCAGCACAUUUGGGUGGAAUGUUAUUUGGAAUAUUUUGGCAAGCAUGGGGUAAUGCCAAUAUAUGGCAGAAACGUGAACCGGUAUUAGUAUUUUGGCAUCAGUUCCGUGAACCACCAAGUUCUUAAUA